AUGAUGCGUGAAAUAUUUUUUCUCUUGAUACUUUGUUAUUCAACACAUGUAGUUAUUGGUGAUAUAUUUGAUAUACUUCCAGUAAUUUCACAGCUGAAAUCUGCAGUUCAAGCAAUAGCGGGUGAUACCGAAGGAGCACGACGAACCCAAGAGAACUUUUCUCGUGGUUGUCCUGUUGUAUCACAACUUCGAUCAGCUGGUGAAGCAAUAGGCGGUAACACUGAAGCAGCACAGAAAACACAAGAAUACUUUGUAAAUAGUAUGAGUAAUUUAGCCGACGGAAUACCUAUUGUCGGUCAUGUGAAAGGCGCUAUUCAUUAUGCAGCUGGAGACAAAGAAGGUGGUGAUCAAGCAAUGAAAAGUGCAUCGCGAACAGUCGGUGUAGUAGGUGGUGGAGCUGCUGGCUUGCUAGCAGGUGGACCAGUUGGUGCUAUCGCGGGAGGUGUCGCAGGCGGUGCUGCUAUGGAUGCAAUUACAACAGGAGUUGAUUCGGCUGUGCAUGGUGAAUAUCGACCAGCUGGUAACAUUGCAUUGGUUACGAAUUUAGUUAAGGAUGAAUCCAGUUCGAAAUCAGGUGAUAUUUUUGAUUUAGUAGCUGGCGUAGCUAUGGAUGGUAUGGCCGGACGAGCCGGUGGAAAAAUAUCAGCAAAGGCAAUCGAUCGAAUGAAUAACCAACGAGUUUAUCGUGUUAUGAAGAAAGAAGAUGCAGUACAAGCUAUUAAGCAACAACAGCUACCAAAGGUUGCAACACCUGAAGGUGAAACAUGGACAUCCGAAAGCAUCAACCGACAUCAGAAAAAUUAUUUAAAACACAAAAAUGAAAUGGACCCAGCGAAUAAGUAUACUGACGUUCAAAUAAAAUUACGAAAGUCUGACUAUGAGACAAUUAAGCAAGAAGCUAUACCUCAGAAAAACUCCGGUGCUAUAAACAGACAACGUACAGCCAAAGGCGAUCUACCAAAGAAUUUGAUCAAUAACGAACGAUUAGCUGAUCAUCCGCACGGGAAAGUCAAUCUUGGUAUUAAAGGUGAAGCCAACUUGGAUUCAUUCAAUUCAAAAAUCGUCGAUAUUCGGGAAGUGGAUCCAAAUUCGAUUCAGUACUCCAAUACAGCCACGAAACACAUUGGCACUUAUGGAGCACCGGCAUCAGUGGGAAUCAUCACUGCUGCAAUGCAAUCAGAAGGAGAUUCCAAACAUGAACGUAAAAAGGAACUAUAG